UGGGUUUGAAACCCAAUAGCUCUACUCCAACUGAAAGUCGAGUACGGAUGUUUCUCCUCUUCCUCUCUAACUGAUAGAUUGUUGUAAGGAGUCAGCUAUGGACGUGCUUUCGCUUUCUUCUCCAGCAACCCCUCACUUAUGUUCCUCUCUCAGACCCUCUCUUCGUUCCUCUAAACCCUCUCCUCUCCCUUUUACUCUCAAUCCAAUCUCUUCUCCCAUAAAAAAUUUCCCAUCUCUCAAAACCUCCCUUCAAUCUUCUAAAACCCUAGCUCCCCAAUUGUCGGCUCCCCAGACGCCGGCCACCGCCAUGAAGGGAGCGGAGGCCGAUGCCAUGGGGCUUUUGCUGAGGGAGAGGAUUGUGUUCUUGGGGAGCAAUAUUGAUGACUUUGUGGCUGAUGCUACUAUUAGUCAAUUGUUGCUUUUGGAUGCUCAAGACCCAGCUAAAGAUAUCCGCCUCUUUAUUAAUUGUCCUGGAGGUUCUCUCAGUGCUACAAUGGCUAUCUAUGACGUUGUGCAACUUGUGAGAGCUGAUGUUUCCACAGUUGCCCUUGGCAUCUCAGCAUCAACAGCUUCUAUAAUCCUUGGUGGUGGCACAAAAGGCAAACGCUUUGCCAUGCCGAACACAAGGAUCAUGAUUCAUCAACCUCUGGGAGGAGCUAGUGGGCAAGCAAUAGAUGUGGAGAUUCAAGCACGAGAAAUUAUGCAUAACAAGAGUAAUGUCAUUAGAAUUAUUUCAGGUUUCACUGGUCGCACAACUGAACAAGUCCAGAAGGACAUUGAUAGAGAUCGAUAUAUGUCUCCAAUAGAAGCUGUUGAGUAUGGAAUAAUUGAUGGAGUUAUUGACAGAGAGAGCAUCAUUCCUUUGGCUCCUGUGCCAGAAAGGGUAAAACCUACACUAAAUUAUGAGGAAAUGCGUAAAGAUCCAAUGAAAUUCUUGACGCCGGAUGUCCCUGACGAUGAGAUAUACUAGCUUGUGCCAUUUGUUACAAGACAGACUCUCAGCGUAUUUGUUUAUUUUUCACAAAAAGAACUGUAAGUUUAGUUAGAACCCCCAACCAAAAGGCAUUUGUGUGCUAUGUUUGCAGAUAAAAUUGCUUUUAAGAAUGCAACUGGGCAGGCCAGCCGAAUUGCAAGGUUGCAGAGCUGAAAGGGGCUCCUUUUUUUUUUUUUUUCAUAAUUUAAGCUGUAACCUUCAAUGUAUACUUUAUAAGUUAUUGCAAACUUGACCAUUAAAUUGAUCUUGAAAUAAAACAUGGGAUUAUUAGUAUAAAAUACCACUUGGAUUUUUUUAGCUUAAAGAA